GCAAAGUGCCCUGAACUCUCGCAAACAGUCUACAACCAAGCGCUGCCGGGACUGCGCUGAACAUAGCCUCUUGUCUCUUUUCCGAAUACGAGUUAGGGAGCUUGCCAGCCACUUCCGUCACAAUGGUCAAUGUUUUCAAGCGGAUGCGGAAGCUGAAAUCUGUAAGGAUUCUCAAUGUCCGCGUUGGAACCGGAGCCGCCGUCUUCCCCGCGCCCUCCUCUGCGACACCGGAAUUCCCCGCCAUCACCCGCCUCCACCUGACCUAUGCCCGCAAGAUCUAUGGCGGCCACCAAGGCGCGCGGCAUUUCUGGCGCAACUGCCUCCCGCGGCUCAAGUACCACAACCCGGGCAUCCCGAUGACGGUCCGCCAGACGACAGACCAAGAGGGGCCCGCCGCCCUGAGCGUUUACUUCGCCCAACAGGCCAGCAAGACCGCCUCCAUGAUCGCCGCCGCCGACCUCAAGGACACCCAUGCCCCGGCCCCGGCCGACAACGAGCAGGUCGCCGUCCUGGACGUCAAGGGCCUCGCCUAUCCCGAGAUCUGGAGCAAGCUCAAGAAUUUGACGAACGCCACGGAGAUCGCCGCGACGGAGGCCGAGAAGACCGAGCUGCGCAAGCUGGAGCAGAUGAAGGUCAAAGCCGAGCAUGAUCGGGUCCGGAUAGCUACCAUGCGGCAGAAGAAGAAGGACCAAGAGCGCAUGUUGCAAGAGGCUAGAGGUGAGAUUGAGAAGUUGAAGCAGCUCUAAAGAAACAAGUCCCUGGUCUCUAUCAUCAUCUAGCCUAUUUGGGAUGUUGCGCGUCUCCUCUUCUUGUUUCAUCUCCUUCCCUUCGUCUCGUUCGGCACCCCUCUCUCGUCUGGUUGUGUGUUUGUCCCUGCAUAGAUUGUCACAUCCGCUGCUCGAAAACGGGGUUUACAGUUUGGGGUUUGUGGGGUUUUACGACUUGGUUAUGGUCACUUGUAGCAUACUAGCAUUUUACCUGUUUCAUAUUUCCUAUACUCUUGUUCGAUUAUGUGGUUUGUUUCGAGAAUACUACAAACUCCUCGGUGGGAAACUGCACCUUUGGGUUCCAUUUGUACGCAUUUUUCUUCUG